AGGACAAGACAGCCAGCCCUGUAAACAGAUGCGACAUGCAGAGAACGAAACGAGACUUGAACCCAGGAAGCCAGUCCUCGCUGUAUUGGUUACAGGUGCUGACCACUGAGGGAAACACAACUAUGACGAAAAACAUUUGUUUAUCAAAUGGAUAAAAGCAAGAAAAGGGCAACUGUCGAUAUUUUGUGACCAAAUGACGUUACUGAGCAAGUUAUAAAAGACAUUAAAUUAUUUUCAUUCGGCAACGAAAUGAUUCAACGCAAAAGACAUAAAUAAAGCCGUGUGUUCACUAGGCAAGAUAGCUGUAACUGUUCAGACAAGUCGCACGGAGCUCUAGCUGUUUGCAUUACUAGCAAACUUGCCAGGGGAGAGUCGUGGGGAGCCAUUAGUACUGGGGAGGUGAGAUAAUCCUGAACACCAUGAGAGGUAGCUAGCUGUGGCAACACAACAAUCACUCAAAAGUGAUCACAAGGCUUACAAAACAGAUGCACACUCCAAGAGCACAACAGAUUGUAGAAAGAUGAUACAAAGAUAGAUGUGUACUGAUGAUCAGCCACGACUACAAGAUAACACUAAAGUGUACCUGACACAGGACAGCAAACUGAGUGGAUGUAGGAACGCGAGGAUGUAAAAAAUGUUAAUUGCUGAUUAGCAGUCAUUCGACCUUUGGAGAAGGGGACCUCUAUAACCACAAUGCCCAAAGGGGAGAUGACUUGAUAUUUUAUUUAUUAUUCUGGGUAAUAAGGUCCCCUUCGGAACAAAUUUUCACCUAUGUCCUAAAGAUAUUUGAAAAUAUAUUGCUUACAUACCAAAGGAGUACAAAAUAGCGUGCAAAAUGUCAGGGGAAGGAAACACGUCAUGCCUGUCAAGAUAGUCUCCCCUUACCUUACAAGUCCUUCCUCAAUAAACAUUGCACAUUGUGCGGAGCUGGGUCAGUGAUCCUGACCUUAUUUACUAUCACUUUAAAACGAAGGACAAACUGAAUAGAUUACUUUCAUUAGCUGAAUGACCUACAGCUUAGAGUUGCCAACAUCACACGUACUCUAACCGGGUGUGGAUGUCACGACAUUCACUGCUGAUAAAAUUAUCUCAAACUGUCUCUGCAACCGUUCUUAGAAUUCACAAUGAUAUUCAUGGAAACUAAAACUGAAUAAGAGAGGUGAGUGAUACAGGGGGUUAGUGCGAGCUUGUGUUUGACAUAAGCGAGAAGUCCUCCGGCCUCGGGUUACAGCAGAACAAUAUGGAAGGCAAGCAAGCCCUGCUCAGGGAAGCUGGAAUACUAAGGGAAAUCAUCAGAAGGAUUAUCAAGGAUCUAGACGAGGCACAUAAGAAUAUCAACAUUGCAAAUGCCACUGCUAGCGCCAUCUCAUUAAUUGGCGGAGUAAUGACAGUAGGGGGCGCCAUCUUGGCUAUUCCAACAGCUGGUCUGUCUCUGUCGGUGGCUGGUGCCGGAGCCCUAGUAGCGGGUGCUGGGGGCGUUGUCGGACUAACGGCAUCAAUAGUGGAGCACAUCAUCCAGAAACACAACCUUUACGAGGUUCAGCAACGAUGGGAACAGUUUCAGAGGGAUUUUGCUGUUCAUUACACAAAUCAAUAUGGUUCGGAGGAAGUUCCACUGAACAUUCUAGACAUCGUCGGAAAAAUUAUUAAUGAUGUUAUGGAUGUCCGCAGGGGUUACAGUCUGAUCAAGGACGGCAUCGCUGCCACCCGAGCGGUGAAAGCGGGUCGGGUGGGCAGCAAGCUAGCGACGGGUGUCUCAAAGGUUGGCGGCAUGUUUCGAACGGGUGCGAUGGGAGGUGUGGCGAGUCUCGGCACCAAGGCCGUGGGAAAAGUGUUUUUUGUGGUGAAUGUCGUUCUCAUCCCCGUCAGCCUGGUGGAUCUCGUGCGGUCAGCGUCUGCGAUCAGUAGUCGCAAGCCGUCGAUGGCGUCAUCUAAACUGGAGAAAAUGGCGGACUUUCUGGAUCGUGUAGCCAACGAUGAGUUGUAUAACCACCAGAACCCACGCGCACCCACGUAACUCCCUUUCUUUCUUUCUUUCUCUUUCUCUCUCUCACUCACUGACACAGACUUUAAAGGGCCCCUGUCCAAAAUACACGAGAUAACGAGGUGAACCUUUUUCCCCGCUGUCAUCAGAUUAAAGAUGUAGGUCUAAAAUACCUGCCAACGAAGUACAUAUCCACCAGACCUUACAAUGAUUGCCGUGCGCAUCGAUAAACACACCUUGCUUGCCUCAUCAGUUAUCUCUAUUAAUGCUUCAAACAUUGUAAUGCACUGAGCGAUUUAUAAUUAUUUGUUGAUUGUUCGUUGUCCACUAAUGUUAUUAAAAGCAUUGUAUUAUCUAUGCAUUUCAGCAUUAUUUUUAUUGACAUAUAUGCAACUAAACUGAAUCAUAAUCAUUUCAAUAUUCAGGUAUUCGUUGUGCUAAGUCUUAAAAUGUUGAAAUAUCACAUGGCCUAGUGCACUUAAAAAUAGACUAGAGAUGCCAUAAAAUGCAACGCCAACGAAACAAAAACAAAAAACAAAAAAAAACAACAACAAAGCAGAUGCACCGCCUGUACUAUUUUAUAAAACUAGAAAUAAAGUGCCGUUUCCAUUGGA